CUAUCGCUUGCGCACCGACUUGCAGCAGAGGCUAUGGUGUGCUAUAAUAAAAGGACAAAAUCGUUCAGUGUACUUUAUAGAUAAGUUCCUUUUCAAUUCGAUUGUAAUCCUUUGGAAUCUUAAACCAUGAAGCUCAGAGACAGAUCUCUCGAGUCCAAAGAAACCCUAAAAAUCGAGGUUCCGGAUUCAUGUUCUUUGCAGCAACUCAAAGAAACUUUAUCUCGAGCCAUCUCAUCCCCUUCCUCUUCUCUGCAUCUCUCGCUAAAUCGAAAGGACGAAAUCACUGCUUCCACCGCAAACGAAUCAUUGCACUCCAUUGGCAUAGCCAGCGGUGACCUCGUUUUCUACUCUCUCAAUCCCAAUGCUUUCUCCCUUGAAACCGCCCUGGUGCACAAGCCUGGACCAUCGGAGACCGAGCACACCGAUCUUGUCACGCAAGAAACCCCGAAUCAACAUUCAUCAUCAGGACAGAUGGAAGUUGGAGAGACUGAUAUGAUGACCGAUGAUAUUUCUGAGUUAGAAAAGCCCGUGAUUUCGGAGGGCAUGGAAGUCAUUGAUGGGUCUGUUGAGGUGAUGGGGAAGAACGAUUCUGAACCUUCUUUCGUGAAAAGGGUGCUCAGGGAAACGCUGAGUAAUGAUUUUAAUGAUGUAGAGCUCUUGGUCGUUGCUGUUCAUGCCAUUAUUCUGGAAUCUGGCUUUGUUCUGUUAGAUAAGGUUUCAGGCGUGGCGGUUAGCUGCUCGAAUAUUCUGGAUCAGUGGCCGUCGGCGACUUCGACGUUAUCUGUAAGAUAUACUCUGCCUGACAUCCUAACUAAUGACUCCGAUUCGACCAGAACUGUGGUAUUGAAAUUUCAGAGUUUGGGGCAUUUUGUUAAUGUUUAUGGGUCCUUGUCGGUUGGGGGCUCUGGGCUGCAUAGAGUAAGCUUUGAUAAACGUAAAUUUGCCCCCCCUGUAGAGUUGAUGCUGGGAAAGUCUGGUUCGAACGAUAACACAAAUUCGGGGGUUUAUAACCGCGAAAAUGACGUUUUCCAGUUAUGGAAGAUGGUCAAAGAUGGGCUUGCAUUGCCGCUCUUAAUUGAUCUCUGUGAAGAGGCUGGAUUGGGUUCUCCGCCUUGUUUUAUGCGCCUCCCAACAGAGCUUAAACUCAAGGUUUUGGAGUAUCUUCAUGGUGUUGAUAUUGCCAAAGUAGCGUGCACGUGUUCAGAAAUGAGAUAUUUGUCCUCAAAUAAUGACUUGUGGAAGCAGAAGUUCGAGGAGUUGGUUGGACGAAGGAAACUAGAACAAGGAACUAAUUCAUAUAAGUGUUCGUUUGCUAAUGAGUGGGUAGCAAUGCAGCGUUCAAAGCGUCAUCUUGAUAGAGCAAUCAUUGUUCGAAAUGAUAAUCCAACAUACUAUCGAAUCCGACGAGACCCAAAUCCAUUUGGUAUACCUUCAGUUGUGGGUGGAGACUAUGAUCGGAUUCCAGGAUUUGGCGUACGUUCUCCUUUUGGACAGCCUGGUUUACCAUUCCAUACAUUUCAACCACGCCGGAGAUUCCAUCCAAUGUGUGAUCUUCAUGAAUGACUAGUCUGCUGACUUAAAAAGUGUCUUUUCAUCAUGGAUCACUAGUGUGGGGACCAGGUCCUUAGUAAUGGCUGAGACAAUUACUACAAUCUUUAUGUUAAAAAGACCUUGCUGGAAUGGGCAUGACAUAAAUUUCUGGUUGCAAGUGUAGAUUUAAGACUUAAGUAGACUUUUCUGCUUGGCAAUACUAUUUUGUAUAUUUUGUAGUAUGGGAAUAAACAUUCUUGAACAACUAUCAUGUGGUUAUAUCUCUUGACAUGGCUGACAUGUGUAACUAGUAUUAUUGCAAAGUGAUUCGAACUCAAAGCCUUGCUUUCCCCCACUGAGUUUGGAGGAGACUGUUGUAGAUUAUAGCAGAUCGUGGUACAAUGAAAUUCUUUCCUUUUUUCA